GUGACCCCUCCCCGGCCCGGCCCCCGCCCUCCCUCCCGCGCAGCGAACAUGGCGGAGCCUUCUGUUGAGUCUUCAAGUCCAGGAGGUUCAGCAACAUCUGAUGACCAUGAAUUUGAUCCAUCAGCUGAUAUGCUGGUGCAUGACUUUGAUGAUGAACGGACAUUAGAAGAGGAGGAAAUGAUGGAAGGAGAAAGAAACUUCAAUUCUGAAAUAGAGGAUCUUAACAGGGAAAGCGAUAUGCCAAUCCAGGAGCUGCUUAGCCUUUAUGGCUAUGAUGGCACCAUUCCACUCCAAGAAGAUGAUGAUGAGGAAGAUGAGGAAGAGGAAGAGGAGGAGGGAGAAGAUGAUGAUGAUGUUGAUAACGAUGACAACAGUGGCUGCAGUGCUGAAAACAAAGAGGAGACCAUAAAGGAUUCAUCAGGUCAGGAAGAUGAGACGCAGUCAUCGAAUGAUGACCCAGCACCAUCAGUUGCUUCUCAAGAUCCACAGGAGUUGAUUCGCCCUCGUCGAUGUAAAUAUUUCGAUACAAACAGCGAAAUAGAAGAGGAGUCCGAAGAAGAUGAAGAUUAUAUUCCCUCAGAAGACUGGAAAAAGGUAAAUAUUAAGGAAAUCAUGGUGGGCUCUAUGUUUCAAGCUGAAAUUCCAGCUGGCAUAUGCAGAUACAAAGAGAAUGAAAAAGUGUAUGAGAACGACGACCAGCUGUUGUGGAAUCCUGAUGUCUUACCAGAAGACAAAGUGAUUGAGUUCCUAAACGAGGCAUCACGGCGCACAGGAGAUGAGAAGGGCCUGGAUGCCAUUCCUGAGGGAUCACAUAUUAAGGACAGUGAACAGGCGUUGUAUGAACUGGUGAAGUGCAAUUUUGAUACUGAGGAAUCUUUACGAAGGCUGAGGUUUAAUGUGAAGGCAGCCAGAGAAGAAUUAUCUGUUUGGACAGAGGAAGAAUGUAGGAACUUUGAACAAGGGCUGAAAGUCUAUGGCAAGGAUUUUCACGUCAUUCAGGCAAAUAAGGUACGAACAAGAUCAGUUGGUGAGUGCGUAGCAUUUUAUUACAUGUGGAAGAAAUCAGAGCGCUACGAUUUCUUUGCACAACAGACGAGGUUUGGAAAGAAGAAAUACAACCUUCAUCCCGGCGUAACAGACUACAUGGACCGCCUCCUCGAUGAAAGUGAAAGCGCGGCCUCCAGCAGAGCUCCGUCCCCUCCUCCCACAGCCUCCAACAGCAGCACCAGCCAGUCUGAGCGAGAGGACAGCACCACCAGCAGCAGCAACCAGAACGGGCUGUCUGCUAAUGGGCCGGGAGAGAUUCCAAGUAAGGAUGAAGCAAAACCAGAAGGACUGCACGUCAACGGACCUACUGGUGGCAAGAAAACCCCUCACCCAGAUCUGGAUACAAAUGGGUAUGAAACUGAAAGUCUUUCCCUUGACCCCAAAGUUGCUCAUUCAACUUCAAGAAGUGAAAAUGAUUUUGAAGAAAAAAAUGAAAGACCUCUAAAAAGAAGAAGAAUUAAUAGCAAUGGUAAAGAGAGCCCUGGUUCUUCAGAGUUCUUCCAAGAAGCAAACUCCCAUGGGAAGCUGGAAGAGCUGGAAACAUUGGAUGACUGAAUAAUCGGAGCAGAUUUUAUUCCUUGGAGUAAAUCUUGGGUGUCUAGAAUUUUCAGGGUUGAUGGGUUACCUUGCAGAAUCCAGUUCCAUAAAACACUGCUGAGAUUUUUCUAAUAGCUUCUGGUCAGCUCCGCAGAUCUGCUUCUUUGGUUGUGGCAGUGCUGAAAGGCAGCAGCAGAAUAUUCUGCUCCUGAGGUGCCAGCUGCAGCUCUGGGAACACGGAGGCACUUAGGAGCAUUUGAGCAACAAAUCAGUGAUUUUCUGUAAAAAUGCUUGCAGCCAGCAGGAAAUUGGGUGUAAGUUGAUGUGAGCAUUGCACAGGUGAACAAAGCAGGGGCUGGUUACAAUUUCUGAUCGUUGGGGGAAGUUAAAAACGAAUCCCAAACCCCGAGACGUGCACAGAGUGGGCACAGAGACUCCUAGCAGAGCAGCACGUGUCACCUGGCUGGUAAGGAACCCGCAUGAAUCCUGAAAGUUACGAGCACAACUAUUUUUAUAUAUAGAAGUUUUAAAAGGUAAAUAAACCAGGUCAGGUUUGUCUAUGUAAAAUUGUUGACAUCAAUGAUGUCUUUCCAUAUUCUUAUCUGGGCUAAAGAAAUACGUUCUGUAUUUUUCCAGAUUUCUUUGUAGCCUUUGAAAGAUUUUUACAGUACUUCACGUCUUGAUCAAACUGUCCUUUCUUAAAACAAAAGCUUGUAUAAUUUUCUUAGCUUGUACAGUUGGUAAACUUUUAUGAGAGAAUUGAUAUCCUGAGUCUGAUGUCAGCUUCGUUUUAUUUUGCUGAAGUCUUUUCUAAGAAAAAGAAAAAAAAAACAACCACAAAAAAAAAAGAAGCCAAACCAAACCAACUGACCUAGAAAAAAAAAAAGAUGCUUCUCAGGCAGCAGGGUGGUGCUGUCUUCUCUAAAGCAGUAAGUCACAAACAUCCAGAACGGUUACGAGUCAUUUGAUUUCAAACAUCCUUGUUCUGUGACAGCCGUGCGAAGGAUUUGUGAGGCACGAGUUCUUUUGCUUUCCUCCUGCGUUUCCCCUUUUACUUUGAGCUCGGAGCAAUCCCGUGUCAGCCCCACGCUGCAGUUUGCCACGCCGUGCUCGCUGAGCUCAGCUGUGAGAUCGUCACCUCGUGUCACAGGCGAGGGGUGAGGCUGCGACCCCGCGGGGCUGCAUGGUUCCGAGGGAGCAGCGCUGCCACGUGUGAUUCUGCAGCUGUGUGUGUGUGCAUACGGUGUGUAGCACCACCUGCUGAGGGAGGGAAGUGGCACAGAGCUCUGGCGCCAGGAGCAAUGUCACUGCACGUGGCACGGGGCGCUGCUCACCUUCCCACCGGCCCCAGCUGAUGUAGGGUCACAUCCGUGACACAGAAACAUCCUUAAUAGCAGUGUUUGUUUCUCUUAAAACAAAGGAACAAAAACCUCACGUUUUGGUUCGUUUGUUUCUAAGCUGCAGCUACACCCCCUGCCGUGUUAAAAAUAGGAAAAAGUGUUUGCAUCGUUCAUAAUCUCGCCUCCUCCUGCACUUGUUUUCACUAAAACUAUUUGUAAGUUUAUGAGGCUUCACAAUAUCAGCUUUAAACGUGCGGUCCGAGGGUUGGAAAAGCAGCUGCGCAGGGCUGUGCUCCUCAGCCACGGGCACUCAGACUGCGUGCUGGGGGAGGAGCUGCAGCUCUGGGUGCAGCCCAGCUCUGCCAGCACGGGGAAGCGCAGCGCUGUGAGCUGCUGUGCUGUGGAGCAGCACCCACCUGGCAUUGGGCAGCAGCUGUGGGGGGCACACAGGUGGUUCCUGCACAUCCCACGGCAGGGCUGGGCUUCCAAAGAGGUUGCUGUCGGUUUGGCAAUCUCUUCCAGUAACAGAAACCCAAAGCGUCGCAGCCUUCCCAUGGAGAUGGGCUUCGGGGGGGCUGCAGACUCAUCUUUCCUCCUCCAGCCCAGUUUUCUAGUUUAUGGUUACGCAUUUUUGUUUGCGACUUGGAAAUGCUUCCAAAAAUUUAUAGGAAAGUUUAUAAGUAAGUUUAUAAGUACGUAAAUUGUCUCAGGCUUGUGUGUGAAAUACAGCACCGUGUAUAUUUUCAGGACUGUUGCUUUGUUUUUCCUUACUUUUUCUGGUGAUAAUAGAAGAGACAUUCCAUAAUCAAUAAGUACGUAAUGCUCAGCUAGACUUUAAGAAUAUUUAAUUAUAAUUUGCGUUCUGUUCAUGCUGGUGUUUUAUAUGCAAUACCUGUUCACGUCCUUCAACCUGCAGCCACUGUCACUCGAUAAGUCAUUGCACUACUAAGGCUAUUUAAAUUAAUUCUAGACAUUUAGCGACCGGUUUUAUUUAGAAAGCAUUCAGUACAAGUGGAGCCCAGAAGGUGUUGAACUCGAUUCCAAGCUGCAUGGGACAGAGCACAGAUCACAGCCAUGCAAGACGGGGCUCCACGCAGCCUGAGCUGCAGCCACUCACACUGAAGGAGCUCCGUGGGGCGCCUGGAGGGCGGCAGCCGUGUCACCAAGGACACAGCCACGACUUCACCGUUAGUUUUUAUACGUUCUGUCACACAUAGUAAUUUUGCACUGUUAGUUCUCCCCCUCGUCUUAACCCUGUUCCCUGUCUGCAAUUCUGACAAAGCUUAUUAAAAUAUUUUUGUAAACA